UAUUAUCUGUGGUAAUGAAGUGCCGUGCGGCACACGCGUACAAUUUUGCAGUUUUAAUAAAAUUUGUAACAAUUUAACUGAUUAGCGGUUUUUUUUAUAAAAUCUGUAAAUCAAUUGCUGUAUAACUGUGUGUCUAGGAUGCCACCCAAAAAGGUAGAAGAACCUGAAAAGAAGCCUCUCAUUGGCAGGGUUGGAACAAAUUUAAAGGUUGGCAUAGUCGGAGUUCCCAAUGUUGGGAAAUCAACAUUCUUCAAUGUGCUGACCAAGAGCCAGGCCGCUGCGGAAAACUUCCCAUUCUGCACCAUUGAUCCUAAUGAAAAUAAGGUACCUGUACCAGACGAGAGGUUCGAUUACUUGUGCGAGUAUCACAAACCAGCAAGUAAAGUGCCAGCCUUUCUGAAUGUUGUGGACAUCGCAGGGUUGGUGCGGGGCGCGGCUGAGGGGCAGGGUCUUGGCAAUGCUUUCUUGUCGCACAUCAAAGCGUGCGAUGCCAUAUUCAACCUUUGUCGUGCAUUUGAUGAGGAGGAAGUGAUCCACGUAGACGGCGAUGUGAACCCUAUCAGGGACUUGGAGACGAUCGGUGAAGAGUUGAGGCUGAAGGACGAGGAACAGCUGAUGCAGAAUUAUGAGAAGCUUGACCGCGUCGUCAGUAGAGGCGGGGAUAAGAAACUAAAGCCCGAAUAUGAUGCAUUGACUAGGAUUAAGGCUGUCUUAGUUGACGAGAAGAAACACAUUCGAUUCGGAGAUUGGAGUGCCGCCGAUAUAGAAGUACUGAACAAAUACCUGUUCUUGACAUCAAAACCUGCGUUAUAUCUGGUCAACUUGUCUGAAAAGGAUUACAUUAGGAAGAAAAACAAAUGGUUACCAAAACUCAAAGAGUGGAUUGACAAGAAUGACCCCGGGGCGCCCCUCAUACCUUUCUCUGGGGUGUUAGAAACAAAACUAAUGGAAAUGGAGCCCGAGGAAAGGAAAGCUUAUCUGAAAGAGCAUAACAUUACCAGUGCAUUGGACAAGAUCAUUGUAGCGGGUUACAAGGCGCUGCAACUGGAGUAUUUCUUCACGGCCGGCCCUGAUGAAGUCAAAGCUUGGACAAUUCAGAAAGGCACAAAGGCGCCUCAAGCGGCUGGCAGGAUCCACACAGAUUUCGAGAAGGGCUUCAUAAUGGCUGAAGUGAUGCAUUUCAAGGACUUCAAGGAGGAGGGGUCCGAGGCGGCGUGUAAAGGCGCAGGGAAAUACCGCCAACAAGGAAGAAAUUACGUAGUGGAGGACGGGGACAUAAUAUUCUUCAAGUUCAACGCGGGCGCAGGUUUGAAAGACGCUAAGAAGAAAUGACGGAACAAAGUGCUUCUAAUGCUGGUACAUAUGCUGUACCUCAAUCUCCUUUUGUACACAUUACUACAUGCUUCAUAACUUUUAAGGACAUGUGAAUUUAUACCACUACCUCGUACCGUACUAUGCUUGUUAAAUAAAUUUAUUUUACGCUAAUACUGAAUGAUUGAAAUCCUAUAUUUCACACAAAAGUGAAUAUGAUUUUUUUGUGAAUUAUAAAGCACUACAUACAUAUGUUAAUUUUAUAAACAUUAAUUAUAAAGGUAGACAAAUGGUUUUUUGCGAACGUGGUAGGAUACGGUAUAGUGGCUCUAUUUAUAUUUUAACUAACGAAUGAAUAAAGGUCGUUGAUGUUUGUACACUGA